UGGCUUGGCCGAGGCGAGCUUACGUAGUCCCCUCCUGCUGGCGGUCGCAGCAGGCUGUGGCAUUCCAUCCCGCCCCCUUCCACUAUUGUGUUAUAACUCAAACCUCCUCCAUCAUCAACCUGCGAUCAAGCCAUACUGCAUAUUACUCUCAUCGCCUUCUAUCGCGAGAAAGUCUCCGCUGCUUACUCCCGUCUUUCCCUCCUGUUCUUUGUCGUUGUUUCCAACUCAGUGACUACCCGCCAUGUAUCUCCGGUCGCUGUUGACCGCCAGCGCUCUGUCGCUAAACGCCGCCGCCUUUCUGGUUGUCCCAGAAGCCCUCCCUCCCCUCGAAGACGCCUCUCUUCCUCAUAUCGCCCAUACGAUCGGUGCCCCGAGUGACCAUCUCGAACAAUUUCAACUUGCCUGCGACGCAUGCCCGUUCCCAGAAAAUGAAUCCGAUGGUGUCGUGAGCUGGUCCACAGACACCCGAUCUUCCUUGGAAUUAAACUUCUACACUAAUGAUGGCCAACUCUACGUCAACGAUGCUCGCGUCUUCCCCGUUCCUCCCACCACAGUCGAUGUCAAGGCAGUCCAACGAAGGGAGUCCGAUGGCAAGGAAACCGAUCCAUUGAAACUCGGCUUUGCUCUCGUGGCUCUUCCCGUGGCUCCGCCAGAGGACGGCCUGGAACUCAUGCAGAUCCGAUUCUCACCACUCGACAUUGAAGGACACCCAGCGCCGCUUGAUACCAUCAGCCUUGCCAUGAUUAAGACGGCAUCAGGCGAUCUUUUCAUCGCCCGCACUGACAUCGAACCCCCUGCCGGUGAAGAUGACCACGAGUCUUGGGAACAGUGCAACGGCGAUAUUCGGUGUUUGAGACGUCUGGUUCUCCUUCGCAUUCACGCCUUGUUCCAGUCUGCCAAAGCUCACAUGAUGAACUUGAAGUCGAAAAUUCUUCACGCUAACAAAGGCUGCCAUGGAAAGCCUCGCAUCGCCCAUCUAAAGCAUGGCCACCACGGAGAAGCAGACGCUGGUGAGCUCAGACACCCCGGCCACCGCUGGGGCGCCAACGGCCACCAACACCCACACCACCGCCACGGCUGGCGACGCACCGUUUCUCGCAUCGUCCGUUUCAUCGUCAUCCCUGCCGUUCUUGGUGUUCUCGCUGGUCUCACAGCCAGCGCUAUUGGAAUGCUUGUUGGCCAGCUUAUCGUUUUCGUGUGGAUGCGUUACCGUCGCAGCACCACCAGCCGAUCUACCUCGACCCUAGAACAGGGAACCACAUCCGAAAAAUAUGGUCUCAUGGUUGAAGAUGCCCCGGAAGAGGAUCUGCCCCCUUAUCGUGAUGAGGACCAACCUCAGCUCCCUCCCACAGAUGCCAAGUAAAUCCCCCUUUGGUCAUCUUCCAGUCACACUAGGUGGCUAUGAACUCUCAUUAUACUUUAUUGUGUAGUCAACUAUACUGAGCAUGGAUUAUACGUUUUGGGUUUUGUUUUUGGAGCACUCACGGUCGGCGAAGAAUUUCUAGUCAUUCUCUCUUUUCAUUUGGCUUUCUCUUGUGCUUUUCUAUAUGAUAUCAUUCCCGCAGUUUGGUGGUUGUAUUGAGACUGAUGUAACUGGCUGGGCUUAUAUCUGCUAUUCAUACUUACAAGAAUGCAGCCAUCAUCAUGAGUCUUCUUCUACGUUGCAGAUGUAGAUUAAAAUAGUAUCAUAUGCCACCCCACCAACCUGAUAUUUAGAUAAUGACAUAUGUUCGAUCGAC